AUGGCAGUCAUCGAUGACGGCUUCGAGGCCCUGCUGGAGCCGUUUUACAAUGGCAAGAAGCUGACCGACCCCAUCUCAACCAAUGAGGAUAAAUUUCAGCUCUUGCCUGCCUUCCUCAAGGUCAAAGGACUUGUAAAGCAGCACAUCGAUUCCUACAACUUCUUCGUCGAGCAUGAGAUCAAGGAUAUCGUACGCGCAAAUCGCACGAUACGCAGCGAUGUCGACAGCAAUUUUUGGCUAGAAUUCACAGACAUUCGCGUCGACCAUCCCCAGCGACAAGACUACAAAGAGGCUAAAUCCUCCACUGACGUGACACCAAUGGAAUGCCGACUACGAGAUAUGACUUACGCUGCUCCAAUCCUUGUUGAUAUUGUAUACAUCCGUGACAAGCAAAAGAUCAUCAGACGAAAUGUGUCGCUCGGCCGAAUGCCAGUCAUGCUUCGCAGCUCCAAGUGCAGACUGUCUGGCGCCAACAAUGCCGAAAUGGAAAAGAUGAACGAGUGUCCGCUCGAUCCUGGUGGCUACUUUAUCAUCAACGGUACCGAAAAGGUCAUUCUUAUUCAAGAACAGCUCAGCAAGAACCGAGUCAUUGUCGAGGCCGACGAAAAGAACAACAUUAUUUCUGCUUCCGUUACGAGUUCCACACACGAAAGAAAGUCCAAGACAAAUGUCACUCUGAAGAAGGACCGAAUCGUUCUGGUACACAACGUUUUGGUGGAGGGCAUCCCCAUUGUUAUCGUGCUCAAGGCUUUGGGUGGUCUUUCAGACUAUGAGAUCAUGCAGCUCGUUGCUGGAGCUGACGGUCGCUACCAAGACGAAUUUCUCAUCAACUUCGACGAAGCGACCAAGGCUGGCGUCUUCACACAACAUCAGGCUCUCGAGUAUAUCGGUUCCAGGGUCAAGAUGGGCUCGCGAAGAGGCCAAUUCGGUCCCCAGGUCCGCCGAAAUAAUGUCGAAGAAGGCCUCGAUGCCUUGGCGAACCUCAUCAUCGCACAUGUUCCCAUUGAGGGUCUCGACUUUUAUCCCAAGGCCAUCUACGUUGCCAUGAUGACGCGCAAAGUUCUCAUGGCUGCUCAAGAUAGCAAGCUCGUUGACGACAGAGAUUUCGUCGGAAACAAACGACUCGAACUUGCUGGCCAGCUUUUGUCUCUCCUCUUUGAGGAUUUGUUCAAGCGGUUCAUGGUCGAAGUCAAGAUGUCCAUCGACAAGUUCCUCAAGAAAAACAACAGGGCCGUCCCUUUGGAUGCUGUCAACAUGAUUAGCAAUCAUGCAAACAACAUUGGCAUGGGGAUUAACAGAGCCAUCCAGACGGGUAACUGGAGCGUCAAGCGUUUCAACAUGAAUCGUGCCGGCGUGACCCACGUCCUAAGUCGUCUCAGUUACAUCGCCGCUCUUGGUAUGAUGACUCGUAUUAGCAGUCAGUUCGAAAAGACGCGAAAGGUCUCGGGUCCUCGUGCCUUGCAGCCCUCUCAAUGGGGUAUGCUGUGUCCUUCGGAUACUCCCGAAGGUGAAGCCUGCGGUCUCGUCAAGAAUCUCGCUCUUAUGACUCAUAUUACCACAAACGUGGAUGAAGAACCUGUCAAAAGAUGGGUUUUUACCCUCGAUGUUGGUGUCGAGCCUAUUCGCAACUUCUCUGGCGCAGAAAUGCACCGCGAAGGAUCCUACAUUAUUCAUAUUAACGGUACCCCGUUUGCGCUUACCAGAUAUCCAAAGAGAUUCUGCUCAAGGUUUCGGACGAUGCGUCGACGCGGCUGGAUAUCGCCCUUUGUCAGCAUCAGCAUAAACCUGCAUUUCAACGCCGUACAUAUCGCCACCGAUGAAGGACGAAUCUGCAGACCAUACAUCAUCGUGAAAAACGGUGUUCAAAAGCUGAAGCCGGAACACCUCCGUCUACUGCAGCUGGGAAGAGUCACUUUCGACGACUUCUUACGAAAUGGCGUUGUUGAAUAUCUCGACGUCAACGAAGAACAGGAUGCAUUGGUCACUAUCUACGAGGACAAGGUAACCAUGGGUACCACACAUCUUGAAAUCGAACCUUUUACGAUUCUUGGUGCUGUGGCCGGUCUUAUCCCGUUCCCCCACCACAACCAGUCGCCACGUAACACUUAUCAGUGUGCAAUGGGUAAACAAGCUAUUGGCGCCAUUGCAUACAACCAGUUCAACCGUAUCGACACACUUCUAUACACCCUGGUGUAUCCUCAAAGACCAAUGGUCAUCAGCAAGACCAUUCAACUGGUCAACUACGACAAAUUGCCGGCUGGUCAAAACGCGACCGUCGUCGUCAUGUCGUACUCGGGAUACGAUAUCGAAGAUGCCCUCGUGCUGAACAAGGGCUCUAUUGACCGAGGAUUUGGACGUUGCCAAGUCUUCCGCAAAUACACCACUGAGUUGCAAAAGUACCCCAAUGGUCGUAGAGAGCGCAUUGGUGAUCCCGUCAACGAAGGUGAGGGCGAUCAGCGAAAGCGCACGGAGAAGCACAAAGCCCUGGAUGACGAUGGCCUCGCCAUGGUUGGCGGCAGGGUCUUUUCUGGCCAGUCUAUGAUCAAGAAGGAGACCCCGCUUGACCUUACCACUACGGGCAUUGGCUUGGAUCGCGGAUCCAGCGACUUCCGUGACUCUGCAGUCAACUAUCGUAUUCCUGACCCUGCGUAUAUUGACAAGGUCAUGAUCUCACACACCGAAAAAGAUACCACGGUCGUCAAGGUCCAAACGAGACAAACGAGACGUCCUGAACUCGGCGACAAGUUUUCGUCUCGCCACGGGCAGAAGGGUGUCGUAGGCAUUAUUGUCGACCACGAGGACAUGCCCUUUGCCGAUAAUGGUCUCACUCCCGAUAUCAUCAUGAAUCCCCACGGUUUCCCCUCUCGAAUGACCGUCGGCAAGCUGCUCGAGUGCCUGACGGGCAAGGCCAGCAUCAUCCACGGCCGUCCCGACUACGGCUUCGGCGACGCGUUCCGCUCGCACCCGCUCAAGGAGAUGAGCCAGGUCCUCCUCGACCACGGCUUCUCGUGGGAGGGCAAGGACUACUUCACCUCGGGCCUGACGGGCGAGCCGCUCGAGGCGUACAUCUUCAACGGGCCCAUCUACUACCAGCGGCUCAAGCACAUGGUCCAGGACAAGAUGCACUCGCGCGCGCGCGGGCCGCGCGCCAUCCUCACGCGCCAGCCCACCGAGGGUCGCUCGCGCGACGGCGGCCUGCGCCUCGGCGAGAUGGAGCGAGACUGCCUGAUCGCCUACGGCGCGUCGCAGCUGCUCCUCGAGCGCCUGAUGAUCAGCUCCGAUGGCGUCGUCAUCGACAUCUGCCAGCAGUGCGGCCUCUUCGGCUACAAGGGCUACUGCCAGACGUGCAAGAGCACUCGCGAGGUCACCAAGAUGACGAUGCCCUACGCGGCCAAGCUCCUGGUGCAGGAGCUCAUCAGCAUGAACGUCGGCGUGCGGCUGCAGCUGGCUGAUGAGUUCCCGCAUCCCAAGUAA